AUGCGCCUUUUGACUACUAAACCUCACGGUUUCGCGCGUGCAGAUGAUGACGGCAGGUCUCGAGGCAUAUUUAGGUCGGCGAGAGAUUCUAAAGAACGUCUACCGAUCAGGACAGCCGAACACAUCGGGCCUCCAUCCACCAUUCCUUCCUACGCCAUCCUCUCGCAUACCUGGGACGAACCAAGCGAAGUUACAUUUAAAGAGCUUGACCUCUUCACUCAUUCUACUGGACCCUGGCCGCAAGUCAUAACUGCCCUCCUUCCACUAUCCGUAGGCCUCGUCUAUCUAGGCUAUCGCUGGACGUUUCACGCUUCAGCAAAUCCAGAGCUUCUGGAAGAACUCGCUCCAAUCCUGAUUGCCAUUUCAAUAUCCUGUGUCAUUCAUUACAAGAUAACCCUUUACCCCAGCACAAACACGAACGAUGUCAAAAGCCUUCAACAGAAAAAGCCAGGCUAUGACAAAAUCAGGCAGACCAUUCGCCUGGCCCAUCUCAACGGCCUCAAACACGCCUGGGUCGACACAUGCUGCAUCAACAAGGACUCCUCGGCCGAGCUCAGCGAAUCCAUCAACUCAAUGUACGCCUGGUACGCGGCAGCAAAAGUGUGCUUCGUCUACCUAUCCGAUCUGGACCCAGCUGCAGCCGACGAAAACCUGGAGCAGGCUCUUCCUCGCUGCAGGUGGUUCAAGCGGGGAUGGACGCUCCAAGAACUGAUCGCGCCAAGGCAUGUAAUCUUCUAUGACAGAGACUGGAACGAGCGCGGCACGAAGGACAGUCUGAGCUCGUUGCUUUCCAAGAUCACGACAAUCCCGGAGGAACUGCUGAGGGGAGAUAAGAGAUUGGAUCACUAUGCCGUUGGUAGACGGAUGAGCUGGGCCUCGAUGAGGAAGACGACGAGGAGGGAGGAUGAGGCAUACUGUUUGCUGGGUAUAUUCAAUGUGAACAUGCCGCUGUUAUACGGGGAGGGAGAGGCUGCGUUUUUCCGCCUGUAG